AUGCGUUCUGUUCACGUUGUAACGUUACUUCUCAUUAUAAUUAACAUAGUAUUUGCUGCUGUUAUUCCACGUGAUAAGCGUCAAACUUAUAAGUAUGAUGAUGAACUGAAAUCAUAUGCACAUCCACAUCCAGGUACUAUUGUUUCACAAGGCUACUUGGCUAGAUAUGAUCCACAAGAUUGGCCAAAAUGGUAUUCUCGAAAUAUUAUGCAAUGGGAUGCUAUCUCUCGUUUGACACCUGGAGAUGUUCCAUCUAAAUGGGGAACAGGCAGAAAGUAA